UGCAUCGAUUAUCGCAAGUUGAAUCAAGCUACGAUCAGGAACAGGUAUCCUUUGCCUAGGAUCGAUGACUUGUUUUAUCAGUUGAAGGGAGCGACAUGCUUUUCGAAGAUUGAUUUGAGGUCGGGCUACUAUCAGUUAAGGGUUAAGGAUGAGGAUAUAUCCAAGACUGCUUUUCGUACACGGUAUGGCCAUUAUGAGUUUCUGGUGAUGCCAUUUGGUUUGACCAAUGCUCCAGCAACUUUCAUGGACUUAAUGAACCGUGUAUUCAGUGACCAUCUUGAUAAGUUUGUGGUGGUGUUCGUUGAUGACAUUCUCGUGUACUCAGCUUCAAGGGAAGAGCAUGAGUAUCACUUGAGAGUAGUUUUGCAGAUCCUUAGGGAUAACCAAUUGUAUGCCAAGUUCGAGAAAUGCAAAUUUUGGCUACCGGAGGUGAAGUUUCUUGGACACAUGGAGGAGUUAUUUCACAAUCAAUUCUAUCGUACUGAGACAGAACCAACUCUGGCCGAUUUAUCCAGGCUGAGCCAAUUGCCUAGUGAAUCGGUCGAGACAUUCAUUGCAAGAUUCAGGAGGGCAAGAUUGAGAUGUUGUGUACCUCUUCCAGAACAGGAGUACAUCUGUUUAGCUUUGAACGGCCUUGAUUUUGAACUUCGGAAGAGGUUUGAAGGAGUCCCAUUUCGUGACAUGUAUGACCUGGCCGAAAAAGGCACCAGCCUGGCACUUGAAAAAGUCGCUAAUAAUGGUAAACAAAAAAGGGUGCCAAAAGUUCUUGAUAGUUCAUCAUCAGCCAGCAACAAUGAACAGAGGGUUCCAUUAGCCAAGGAGGAUGAACCAAGGGAGGCUGAAGACAUAGAGGUUGCUAUAUAUUUUGGGAAUGAGGCAUCCUCUUACAAAGAGAAAGAUAAUCAGCUAGAUCAAGAUCCAAAGCAUACGUCCAAGUACAGGAUUCGUUUUGGUUCCCUUCCGGAUGAGGUAAAUAGUAAUAUGGUAUUUGUUUUACCUUCUAUGUUUGAAGCAAGGACGGAGCCAAAGAUGAACAGGGAUGUCACAUCAACCGAUCAUAAGGACGAGGCUAAAUCAUCAAAAAUCAAGAAUGGUUCAAAGAGUUCAUCGGCCGGGGUAGAUUGGCCUCUCCGGGCCAACCAACUGAGGCUGAUAAAAUCAUCUUUGAAAAACCACCUCUGGCCAUGA